UCGCACAAGAAGGCAGAAACACAAAAGCAUCAGGUUACAGGCGCUCCUCUCCCCGAACUGGUUUUUCUUCCUGCGGAGCACAAUGGCUCUCGCUUUGCGAAGCGUUUGGCUGAAGCAGAGCUGGUUUAAUGGAAAGGAGAGGCGAGGGUUUUUGAUCCUAUGUCGGUUCGGAUCCUCUCACCUCCGAAUGAAGUCCUUCUUCUUUACAAGAGGAGAUCUACAACAGCGGGCCAGCUGUCAAAAUGCCCUGUGUUCAGACUCAGUAUGGGAAUUUACCGCAGAGUGGAAGCCCCCAUGAAAGCUACCAGUCAGAAUUCCUGACUUCAGACUUUGGCAAAUUCACCAUGGACCUCGCCAGUGCAGAGGUUUCAGCUACCACAUCUUUACCAAGCUUUAGCACUUUCAUGGACAGUUACACUGGUGAAUUUGAUGCAUAUAUGUAUCAGAUUCCACCUUCGGGUCACCAGGGCCCAUUGAAACUUGAGGACUUGCAAGUGUAUGGCUGUUACGCUGGUUCUUUCACUAGCCAGUUGGAUGAAACAGUGUCAUCUUGCGGCUCUGAUUAUUAUGGCAGUCCAUGCUCCAUUCCGUCACCAUCAACUCCAGGUUUUCAGACGCAGCAGGUGACAUCAUGGCAGAACUCUUAUAGUACUUACUCUCCAUCGCCAUCCUACAGCAGCUUGAAUUCCUGGCCAAAGGAACAGAAAAACACCAUUCCAGAAACUUCUUAUUUUUCAUUUAACCCAUCAGCUGUUAGCCCCACAGUUUCGAACAAUCCAUUACACAUGCAUUCACCCAUACACGGACUUGAUCAUCAUCUAGUGGACAGUGAGGUGUUUGGAUUCACUCAGCGAUCUCAAGGAACUUUUUCAGCCUUGCCUGUUGACCAGUGUUCUCCAUUGUUGGAUAGCCCAGUUCUGAUGGACAGUUCAGUGUCUUCUGCAAAAUCCCGUAGUCCUGGCUCAAAUGAAGGCCACUGUGCAGUGUGUGGAGAUAAUGCUUCAUGCCAACAUUAUGGUGUUCGAACCUGUGAGGGAUGCAAAGGUUUCUUCAAGCGUACAGUACAGAAAAAUGCCAAAUACGUCUGCUUAGCAAAUAAAGACUGUCCAGUGGAUAAGCGACGGAGAAAUCGUUGCCAGUUUUGUCGAUUCCAGAAGUGUUUAGCAGUUGGCAUGGUCAAAGAAGUUGUGCGAACAGACAGUCUGAAGGGUCGCCGUGGACGUCUUCCUUCAAAACCUAAAACUGUCCAAGACAGCACUUGUCCAACUUCUCCUGCCACUCUCAUCAACUGCCUUGUGCGAGCUCACAUAGACUCCAUGCCCAGUUCAGCUAAGCUAGAUUAUUCCAAGUUUCAAGAAUCUGUUCCUUACCGGCCACAGAAGGAAGACUCCAGUGAUGUCCAGCAGUUUUAUACUUUGUUAACAAGUGCCAUGGAAGUGAUUCGUAAAUGGACUAAAAACAUCCCAGGAUUUACGGAACUUCCUAAGGAAGAUCAGGAUAUGCUCCUGGAAUCUGCCUUUCUAGAGCUGUUUAUUCUCCGACUUGCUUACAGAUCUAUUCCUGAAGAAGACAAGCUGAUCUUUUGCAAUGGGCUUGUUCUCCACCGUUUACAGUGUUUUGGAGGCUUUGGGGAGUGGAUUGACUCUAUUGUCCAGUUUUCACAGAAUCUCCAUCGCAUGAAUAUUGAUGUCCCUUCUUUUGCCUGUCUUGCUGCUUUGGUCGUUGUGACAGAACGACAUGGCUUAAAGGAGCCAAAAAAAGUAGAAGAACUCCAAAACCGCAUUGUUGCGUGCCUUAAAGAUCAUGUGACUUCAGUUACGACUGAACAAAACCAACCCAACUGCCUUUCCAAGUUCUUGGGGAAACUGCCAGAACUCCGUACUCUAUGCACUCAAGGACGUCAGAGGAUCUUUUAUCUGAAGUUGGAGGAUCUUGUCCCACCUCCUCCAAUUGUGGACAAAAUAUUUAUGGACACUUUGCCUUUUUGAAAAUGGUGUUGUUUUCACAGUGAAGAAAUCUUCUGCAUCUCAGUAUUCACUACCCGUUAGUCUCCUUGAGAUGAGAGCGGUGGCAGCUAUGAGUGCUCCGUGGCUUUUCUGUGGAAAGUGCUGGAGACUGCUUGGAACACGAACUGUUGCUCUGUACGGUUAUGGCACUUGCAUCACCUGUGGGACAUGAGUCCUGAACAAGAGGGCACAGUAACUGAGGAAACUAAUUGACUGAAAGGUUUUAAACAAGUGGAGGCAUUUCAGGUGGACUCUUGUCUACCCUUAAGACACUACCACAUGUGGUGCUCAAGAAUGCACUGCAUUCACAUAGGACACGUCACAUCAGUGUUUUGGUGUUACUCUUAACCAAGUUGUUCUUUAUAUUUAUUUCAAAAUCUUUGCUCUUUAGAGACCUACUCAGGCUGAUAUCUCAUUUGUAGAGAUGACCUGUUUAUCAGCGUGGAUGCCAAUGUUGUGGCUACUGGUUCUUUGUUGUAACCAAGGUCCGUGCCCCUUGUAAUAGAGCUUGGCACUGUACUUAACAGAAAAUCUCCUAAAACAGUAUGCACCCCUCCCUGAAUAUAAAAGCAUAUAUAGCAUUUCUUUGACACAAGGGCUCAGAUGAUGAAAUGGGUUAAGCAGAAAUUAGACAAGAGAAAGACUUUCAAUGAACUUUCAGAGACUGGCUGAUUGCCACUUACACAGGUAUGGAAAGGUUUUUUUUUUAAGUUGUGCAAUGACCCUAAAUGUAUCUAGAGUUCUGAGACUUUGAAAAUAUGAUACAAAUAUUACUAAGGUAUGUGUUUUGACUGGGACGGUCUUGUCACAGUACGUAUCCAUUACAAAUCGGUACAAAAUGUUUUGCCUGUACACGUGCUAAUGCUGUUUCUGACCUUUGCAUUUUGUAUAUAUGUAACUUUUGAAAGACUUUGACAUUUAUAUUUGUGUAUAAUUUUUGCUGGUUUUAUGGUAUGUGACUUUCAUCCUUUUGAGUAAGAUAUUUAAUAUAUUGAAUAAAAAUGAAAAUUGUGUUUGUA